GGGUGGGACCAGGCCGAGGCUCCUUGGGCUACAGCACCUAGAGAGCGGCCGCGCCGUAGCCGAGGUGGUGUCGGGCCCCGCUGCGGGUGGAGAGAAGAGGAAGGAGGCGCGGGUGCACCAUGGCGGCGGCGGCCUACGAGCAGCUGAAGCUGCAUAUCACACCUGAAAAGUUUUAUGUGGAAGCCUGUGACGAUGGAGCAGAUGAUGUGCUCACCAUUGAUCGCGUGUCCACAGAAGUCACCCUUGCAGUCAAAAAAGAUGUCCCCCCUUCAGCUGUUACAAGACCAAUAUUUGGGAUACUGGGCACAAUCCAUCUGGUAGCAGGUAAUUAUCUUGUUGUCAUUACCAAAAAGAUUAAAGUAGGUGAAUUUUUUAAUCAUGUAAUCUGGAAAGCCACAGAUUUUGAUGUUCUUUCUUAUAAGAAGACAAUGUUGCACUUGACUGAUAUUCAGUUACAAGAUAAUAAAACUUUCCUAGCAAUGCUAAACCAUGUGUUGAGUAUGGAUGGAUUUUACUUUUCAACAACAUAUGACUUGACCCAUACUUUGCAGCGGCUGUCUAACACAAGUCCAGAAUUUCAAGAAAUGAGUCUCUUGGAAAGGGCAGAUCAGCGGUUUGUAUGGAAUGGGCAUCUGCUCAGAGAACUGUCUGCUCAGCCAGAGGUCCAUCGGUUUGCUCUUCCGGUGUUACAUGGCUUUAUUACUAUGCACUCGUGUUCUAUUAAUGGAAAAUAUUUUGAUUGGAUUCUCAUCUCCAGAAGGAGUUGUUUCAGAGCUGGUGUGCGAUAUUAUGUAAGAGGAAUUGAUUCUGAAGGCCACGCAGCUAACUUUGUAGAAACAGAGCAGAUCGUGCACUACAGUGGGAACAGGGCUUCAUUUGUGCAGACUCGAGGAUCAAUACCUGUUUUCUGGUCACAAAGACCAAAUCUAAAGUACAAACCAAAACCACAGAUCAACAAAGUAGCAAAUCAUAUGGAUGGUUUCCAAAGGCACUUUGAUUCACAAAUAAUUAUUUAUGGAAAGCAAGUCAUAAUUAAUCUGGUGAACCACAAGGGAUCAGAGAAACCACUUGAGCAAGCGUUUGCAAAAAUGGUAUCAUCCUUGGGUAGUGGGAUGAUCAGGUACAUUGCCUUUGACUUCCAUAAGGAAUGUAAAAACAUGAGAUGGGACCGACUGAGUAUUUUGUUGGAUCAAGUAGCAGAAAUACAGGAUGAAUUAAGUUAUUUUUUAGUAGACUCUGCCGGCAAGGUGGUGACGAACCAGGAAGGAGCUUUCCGCAGCAACUGCAUGGACUGUCUAGAUAGAACAAACGUGAUCCAGAGUUUACUAGCGCGACGCUCCCUUCAGGCCCAGCUGCAGAGAUUAGGAGUUUUGCAUGUGGGACAAAAGCUUGAAGAACAAGAUGAAUUCGAGAAGACUUACAAAAAUGCUUGGGCUGAUAAUGCUAAUGCUUGUGCCAAACAGUAUGCAGGAACCGGUGCCUUGAAGACUGACUUUACAAGAACUGGAAAAAGAACUCGGCUGGGACUUAUAAUGGAUGGCUUCAACUCUUUAUUACGGUAUUACAAGAACAACUUUUCUGAUGGAUUUAGACAAGAUUCCAUAGACUUAUUUCUUGGAAACUAUUCAGUGGAUGAAUUAGAAUCUCAUAGUCCUUUAAGUGUUCCGAGGGAUUGGAAAUUCCUGGCAUUGCCCAUCAUCAUGGUUGUUGCCUUUUCAAUGUGUAUUAUCUGUUUGCUUAUGGCUGGUGACACUUGGACAGAAACUCUGGCGUAUGUCCUCUUCUGGGGAGUUGCAAGCGUUGGAACAUUUUUUAUUAUUCUUUACAAUGGCAAAGAUUUUGUUGAUGCUCCUAGAUUGGUCCAGAAAGAAAAGAUAGACUGAAUUUGUGUUUGUGGAAAGCGGCUUGGCUUGGAAGAUUCCAUGAUGCAGAACUGGAGUCUUUACUAACCUGCUUUCCACAGCAGUCCCAAGGUCUUCUCAAAGCUCCUCUUGUGGUCUGGGCUGGGUAGUUACUGCUUUGAUGAAUUCUUUACUGUUGGGAUGGUUAUAUUUAUAAUUUGAAGCUAUACUGUAAUUCAAAUGUAGCUUAAAUUCAGCUCACAGAUCAGAAGAAAUCUAUUCACUGUCAAGUUAAUCAAAAGUUCACAGAUAAGUAAUAUAUUUUAAAAUUUUAACUUCUUUCAUUAUUUAAGACAGUAAAAUUAUUUUUCUAGCUCUGUUUCAUUAUUGUCAUUGUAAAGCAGCCACUGUUAGCAAGCAUAUUUUCCAUAUAUCUUUGGACUUUUCGUAAACGUUUAAUAAUACGCUAAUCCUACGAUGUUUAUAGAAUGUAAUGUCUCUUACAGGUAUCAAGUAGUUUGAUAAGGAGUAAUUUCACAGGAAGGAAGAGGAGAAUGGGAUCUAGCUGCCUCUUGGCUUCAGCAGCUUGAGCUGCCCUCAUGCCCCUGCAUGAAAAGUUCAGAUGUAUUUUAUCUUUUUUAGAAGGUAUAAAUGAAAUCAAAGAAUGUGAAGUCUGUCUCUUAUGCUAAAGGUCCAAAGUUGCCUCUUUCUAGGAACUGCUCUAUUGCAGAAAGUACACUAGACUGGCCGGCUGCUUCCUCUUCCAUAUCUGUGGGGACCCUUUUUUUUGUUACUCCUUGAGACAUGCAGGCCUCAGAGAGGGUCUACCGCUAGAUCUGAUUCACACUGGGUCGCAGCUGCUUUUCCAUGCAUGGUGCUCAUGGUGCUCUUGCUUUCUCACGCUGUCAAUAAGUGUCUGAAAGUUAGUGCUUCCAGGUAGCCAUCGUUCUCCAAAUCAAGGACCAACUUUAACUUAUGCAUAAAACAGACUGAAAACUGCGCUUCAGAAGCUGUGCAUAGUUGUAAUUGUAAGACAGGUUAUAUAUUAAAAUUGUAAUUAUGAGGUUUAGAUAUUAGUAUAUAAAGUAGUAUCAUUGCACUAUCUUAAAGCAAUUCAGUUAAACACUGCUAUGGUACAUCAGUGUUUUUGCUUAAAAAUAUGUAGAGUUUUCUUCUAAUAGUACCUUAUGUUGUCCUUAAAUAUUUCUAAAAGCGCCUUUAACAUUACCUUUUUUCAACAUUAUCUUUUAUAAACAAUAAGAGUUAUUGCUUUUAGAAACUCUGGGAAAAUCCUGUGUAGCUUAAAAUCAGUCAUUAAAACUCACAGUAAGGUAAGUAAGUAGAGCCACCUGUUACGACAUGUAAAUAAGCAUAUUUGUUCCAGAGGUGGAAUGUUGAAGCCCAGCCAUGUCUACUAUAAUUAUUAUUCAGAUGUCUCUGGGCAUUUCACAGUGAACACUUAUGUCAACAGCUACAGCAAACACCAAAUCUGAACCACUAAUGUGGCUACUUUGCAAGGACUAAUGUCAUUGGGUUAGGCUGCAAAUGAUCAAUGUUUUAGAGCCCUGCAAUGAUUUUAUUUAAUUCAUGUACUGUACAUCCAUAUGCAAAAAUAAAAUGCCAUAUUCUUUCUUAA